AUGCCGAACAGAAUCACGACUAAGAAGGUAGUAGUCGUCGUCAAACCUCGACCCACCGAGAAGAAGACCCCCGCACUAGUAGUCCCGAAGAAUGGCCCGCGUCCGUCAGUGAGAGUUACAGAGAAGCCAGCACACUUCAGGCCAAAUACUGGAAAUGGGACCAAGAUAUGA